AUGACCAAAGCGGAGGUAGAAGGCAUCAUCUGCAAGUUCUUGACCGAAUGCGACAACCACUUCCACAGGCUCUCCAUUUGCCCUAUACACGAAUACGAUAUCUUCGCACCACCCUGCGCAUGUCAGGAAAAGUUGGUGCAAUACUACAAGCACAUUGCCAGCAGUCUCGGGAAGUCUUGGGGAAGACAAAUUGAUCCCGAGCACGUCAGAGCCAUAGUCGAAGCAACCUUGUGCGCUCGAGUCGAGGCCAUCAAAGAGAAUAGUAGUCUCAUAAAUGACAUUCGGGGUUCAAAGAGCCUCAUACUACUCAACGCCCAUAUCUUCCUCUGCUCAUUCGCUGUGUUCAAGGACAGUCAUUCUUAUGAAGCUGUGCAUCGUCUUUACUGGAGUGUCAAUGGUGCUCUUGACUCGCAACAAGAAGCUACAAAGAGGAAGGAAACCCUUCUCGAGCAACAAGAAGCUAAGAGAGCCAAGUCUGUUUCUGGUGCUGGAAACACUUCUGCAGAAGAUUAG